AUGGAGUCCGCGGGCAGGAUGGACUUGCCAACGCAUAUUCCGUACUCUCCCCAGCCUUUGGGUUGGUCGUUUCAGACAUAUAACCUACUGACGCUGGUGCUGAGUUCUAUUUUCAUUGUUUGUUUGUUUAUAAUGUACUCAAUCUCGCGCACUGUUUCAAUCCUACCCCAUGCGUACCGCAUGGUGACGUUGGAAAGACGGCGGAUGCACUGUUUUGAUGUUGACAUCACCUCGGGGCGCCAGGCCCACAAGGUCCGCAUGCUGUACAUCUGGAUGUUGCGGGCAGCCAUACUGGUUAUGUUUUGCUUUGUAUGGCAGUACUGCAUUCUCACUUACAAAGCUAUUGACUUCUCCCACCGCAAGGGGCCCCUCCAGCUUUACCUACAUUGCGUGUUGCGGGAGAGUGACUGUUUCGGGCUACGAAACCACCACCACUUCUUUGACUUUUAUUCUAACCCCACCAAUGUUUGCCUUGACUACAAGGAAAUAGCCGAAAACAGAAUGGAGGAGGUGAUGGAGGAGAUUCUCGAGAAGCACCGCUACCUGCUGUGUAUUCAUUUUGUUUCCCCCGAUGCUAUGGUGUAUACUGCUGGGGUAGCCAUCGCUUUUUCACUGGGGUAUCUUAUUUUGACCGGCUUCGAGGUGCUGGUGUGGCUACUGUACAGAUCAACCGAACGUUGGCUGCCUAUCCUCAUUUCCUCCAUAGGUAUUGCCUUCUUUGUCUUGUGGAUUGGUAGCCUUUUUAUUCCGCAGCUCUUCACGUUUUUCGGCUGUUGGAUCAGUUUUGUGAUGGUGCUCACUGUUCCGUGGAUACUGUGGCUAGCGCUAGCUGCAGCUUACAAUCUCAGGAAACUCCAGCACCAAAAAUGGGCGCUGUGGCAGGAGCAAGCAAACCGACCGUUGGCUCAGCUUGUAGACCGAGGAAGGCGCGGUAGCGACCCGUUGUUAGAGAAGAGAGGCCUCGGUUUGAGGGGUGGCCAGUGCUCCCGAGAUGGUUCGGGAAUGUUGGACUUGGAUGUGGAUAUGGACGACGUCGCAGCGCUUAAGGCCUCUGAAAUACGCGACGAUGACUCUGAGACGAAAAACAAAAAAAAGAAUGAGGGCCAUUUUGAGAUUCCAAACAUUAGGGAAACGUUGCAGGGCACACUCGGCCUCCGCCAGAAAAAAGACAAUAGCCAUCAGCAGUUAGGAGGAGGUCGCCCCCAGAUGCAAGCGCAGACGCAGCAGGAGCCGCACGCGAAUCGCCGUAUGACUUUGGAGGGAGCGACUGAGACGGACGAGAAAGCUGGCAACAAACCACAAGCGCAGGUCGACGCUGUGAAGACUGACUAG